UUUUUUUUUUUUUUUUAACGAAGACCAUGACCCUUAAGAAGAAUAACAUUUACACAAGGCACAGAGAGAUGUAUAUAAAAGACUAAAUUGUUAAUCGCUUUUUUUGUGCGGAAUCUCAUAAGAAUUAAUGAUAAUCAUAGAGUAUGUAGAACUAAAAUAAACAGGGCUCCGGUAAACGAUGCGACUUUUCUUCUUCAUUUGGAAUCAUGUGUAUUUUUUCUGUUUUAAUGCAGAUUCACGCCCUGAAAUAUUUGAUAUUUCACCCGCGUCUAUAAAAGAUAUGCGCGACUGUUUACUUUGUUGUCCACUCAUUUCUACAGUUGUGUAUUUGUAGUUGCAAAUAAAUGGCAAUUACAUAAGUAACUGUAAUUUGCACUGGGUGUUUUUCUCUGGCAGCAGCUAUAAAUACCUGAGAUAUCAAACCACCAGAGUUUGAGUAAAUUUCUGUCAUAACUGUUCCAAACUGUGUCCACCCUUCUCACGCAUAUGAAACUCUGUCUUCACCCUCCCCCUUCUUUUAAUAGGCAACCCAAAGAGCCACACAAACUUUCACUCCAGCUCUGCACAGACACUCUGAAUCUGUGCUCGCUGCGCUUUCGCCGUCUUUGCAGCCUCCCCUGCGCCUCUUAAGCCUUGGAGUAAAAGCUGCCAACCCCUCAAUCUGAUUCACUUCCUGUAGUCAGACUCCUUCCCAAAAGUGGACAGAGGGGGAACGGGGAAGGGAAGGCUGUCUGAGGAGCAGCAGCAGCUCCUCGCCUCUACAGCCUCAGAACUUUGUAGUAGUUCAGUGGCAGUCAGGUCGUCGCGCACAGCAACUUCUUGAAAAGAAAAGGGACAAAACACUCUGCUAAAACAAAACUGUCGGCCACCGAUUCCCGAAUCCAUGCGUGGUACGGAUGGUACAAGUUUUGACGCCCAUCGCAGAUUCUUCCCCUGAUUCCAGGCGCCGACUGUGGACACACUGUAGCCAACGCUGAGCGACUCCAGGGGUUCAUGUACUGGAAAAAUGAAGUUUUGUCCCCUCUUUCAGAGGGAAAUAAGAUUCUGUCCGAAGGAAUUCCCACGAAACAGGUGAUCUCUACCGAGCAUCAGAGCACACCCGGAGCCUCGCGCUGCAGUGUGGACUCUAAACACACGCCAAUGUCUCACUCGGACGGAGAAUCACAGCGGUCCAACAUGGAGCGGGAGGACACGCGCUCGUCCCCCAGCACUCCGUCCACUCCCUCCGUGUGCUCACCCACGUCCACGGCCAGCUCGGUGCCUUCUACCGGGAAGAACAUGUGCGCCAGCUGCGGUCUGGAGAUCCUGGACAGAUACUUACUAAAGGUGAACAACCUGAUCUGGCACGUGCGCUGUCUGGAGUGUUCCGUCUGCAGGACGUCACUACGUCAACACAGCAGCUGCUACAUCAAAAACAAAGAGAUCUUCUGUAAAAUGGAUUAUUUCAGUAGGUUUGGUACUAAAUGUGCCCGCUGUGGUCGGCAAAUAUACGCAAGUGAUUGGGUUCGCCGUGCAAGGGGGAAUGCAUACCACUUGGCAUGUUUUGCAUGUUACUCUUGUAAGAGGCAGCUGUCUACAGGAGAGGAGUUUGGAUUGGUGGAGGAGAAGGUCCUGUGUAGGAUCCACUACGACACCAUGGUGGAGAACCUCAAACGAGCAGCUGAGAGUGGCAAUGGUAUCACAUUAGAAGGAGCAGUUCCCACAGAGCAGGACAGCCAGCCCAAACCAGCCAAAAGGGCACGGACAUCCUUCACAGCAGAACAACUACAGAUCAUGCAGGCUCAGUUUGCCCAAGACAACAAUCCUGAUGCCCAGACGCUACAGAAGCUGGCUGACAUGACAGGCCUCAGCAGGAGAGUUAUACAGGUGUGGUUUCAAAACUGCAGAGCAAGACACAAAAAGCACACGCCCCAGCACAGUGGGGUACCCCAAGGUCAUCCCCAAUCCAGAAUCCCUUCUUCUCUGCCCGAUGAACUUCAUUACUCCCCCUUUGGCAGUCCUGAGCGGGCACGCAUGGUGGCCCUUCACGGGUACAUUGACAGUCACCCUUUUUCCGUGCUGACCUCUCAGAGUCUCCCUCACCAGGCUAUGUCGCUGCCCCAGCUCCCCCUCAGCCGCUAGCACUCCACCACCACUCUUACGAUCUUUGACCUUCAGAUCCUAACCCUUGAUCUCCCAUCAGUAACGUCUUCGGACUCGACCCAGAGGUCGGACUGGAGUCAGCUUGGAGAAAAUCUUACUGGAGCCCUGCCCACUCAUGCCCAGGAAAUACUAAGAAACAGUCGUCAUUAUUUUCUUUUUUGCUUUUUGAGGACAGGAAUAUCCCACCUGCAGCCAGUCUGUCAAAAAAGAUUGUGAAGUAUUUAUCAUUAGCAGGAACUCACUGACUGUAUUUUCAACCACCUAAAGGACCCAUUUUGCUCCACGUGUACAGCAUUCUCCACUCUACUCAUCUGCCCUUUGACUUAAGGGUGGUGGGAGUCUGAAGGGAUGAACUGACAAAGGAAGCAGGACUGAAGCCUUCUGCUGUCUGAAUACUGAAGAUAAACAAAGAGGAGAAAUUUUAAGGGGAAACUGUCAGCCCAAAGGGCCGGGCACACACAGUAGACCACAUUAGAGGUAAGACUCCUCCCUCCUUUCUCUCUGAGCAACCAUGAAGGAAACAUAAAUGUAAACUAAAUAUAUUCACUGCUGAUGCAUUAUCUCUCAGCGUGACUCUAAACAAAUAAAACUUCCCAAUCACAUGUUUGGACUGAUUUCCACUGAAAUGAGAUGUAGGGUCAGAUUUUUAUUAGAAAAUGGACGUAAAUUCUGUGCCUUAUCUUUGUAGUGGUGUACAACAGUGAAACAACUGAACAAGGUCAUUUUUAAUUUGGGUGUUUUUUUUUACACAGUGGAACAAUUUAUGAGGACUCUAAAUUUUCCACUGGUAAAAGGAAUCACAAAAUAUGUCUAUAUCUAAUCUCUUAUCAUGAAGGAAAACCACAGAGCACAAUGUCUGGCCUUGUGUAUUAUUAAAUUAUAGUUGUAACAUUAGAAGCUGGAGCUAACAGUUUUUAAGCCUUCACAAUUCUGUUGAAUGUCUUUAAACUGACAGAGAAACAGGGGGAAGUCUGAUAAGCAUACUAGCCAAACUACACAUUCUUAUGAACGUUCCAAACAGAAACAUUGUCACUAAUUUAUGAUUUUCAAAGUUGUUUGUUCAGACUCUGUGUGUGUGUCUUCACACAAGGACGGUGGAUUGGUACAAUAUGGACAAAAUGAAACAAACUGGUGUUGUACAUAGUAAGAUGUGUAUGUAUCUGUGUGUUUGUUUGUGUAUGUGUGUGUGUUUGUGCGAGAGAGAGAGAGAAAGAGAGAGAGAGAGAGAGAGAGAGAGAGAGAGAGAGAGUAUGUGUGUGUGUUUUGGCAGGGGUAGAGUGUGCAUCUGUAUUUUAGUGCCAUGGCCGUUGUGUGAAGAACAGGAUCCAAGAAACCUCAAUGUCCUUGUAUUUAUUGAGACUGUAAAUCCCUGUAAAGCACUUUUCCCUCUGAAAUUGUUUUGUUUUGUUAAAAAAUAUGAAAUGAACACAAAAAAUUUAUUUGAUAGACUGUGCAUCAUAAAUGUUUUGUGUACUAAAAUGCAAUAAAUUAGAAUGUGAUAUUUUUGUGGUUCUGGAUCAUUCCUGAGAAUAAAUUGAUAAGGCAAUAAUUAAUUUUUAUUUCCCCAAACAACGUUUAUGGCAGAAAGGAUUACAAAAUUUGGCAUUGAUAUUAAAUUAGGUUCACAUGGAAAAGGAGUUUUAAAUGGCAAAAGUACAAAUAAAAUGAAUGAAUAUAAAGUUA